CCGGCUUCGGGGUGGAGCAGGGGAAGGGGGCUCGAGACGUGACGAGCACCCAGCACCCAGCCAGGUGCAGGUGAAUUCUGUGUCUGCGAGAGGAUCGCGGCCGCGGAAUCACCACCAUGAAGGCCAUUGAUGAGCCUCCUUAUUUGACAGUGGGCACUGAUGUGAGUGCUAAAUACAGAGGAGCCUUCUGUGAAGCCAAGAUCAAGACCACAAAGAGACUUGUCAAAGUCAAGGUAACAUUUAGGCAUGAUUCUUCAACAAUGGAAGUACAAGAUGACCACAUAAAGGGCCCACUAAAGGUUGGAGCAAUUGUAGAAGUAAAGAAUCCAGAUGGUGCCUAUCAAGAAGCAGUCAUCAAUAAAUUAACAGAUGCUAGUUGGUACACAGUAGUUUUUGAUGAUGGAGAUGAGAAGACACUUCGAAGAUCUUCAUUGUGCCUGAAAGGAGAAAGACAUUUUGCUGAAAGUGAAACUCUAGACCAGCUUCCACUUACCAAUCCUGAACAUUUUGGCACACCAGUCAUAGGAAAAAAAACAAACAGAGGAAGAAGAUCUAAUCACAUACCAGAGGAAGAAUCUUCAUCAUCCUCUAGUGACGAAGAUGAAGAUGAUAGGAAACAAAUUGAUGAGCUACUAGGAAAAGUUGUAUGUGUAGACUAUAUAAGCUUGGAUAAAAAGAAAGCUCUGUGGUUUCCAGCACUGGUGGUUUGCCCAGAUUGCAGUGAUGAUAUUGCAGUAAAGAAGGAUAAUGUCCUAGUUCGCUCUUUCAAAGAUGGCAAAUUUACUUCAGUCCCCAGAAAAGAUGUCCAUGAAAUUUCUAGUGAAACCUCACCAAAACCUGAUGCUGUAUUAAAGCAAGCUUUUGACCACGCACUUGAAUUUCAUAAAAGUAAAACUGUUCCCAGUAACUGGAAAACUGAAUUGAAAGAGGACAGCUCUAGUAGUGAAGCAGAGGAGGAAGAAGAAGAAGAAGAUGAUGAAAAAGAAAAAGAAGAUAAUAGUAGUGAAGAGGAGGAAGAAAUAGAACCCUUUCCAGAAGAACGAGAGAACUUUCUUCAACAGCUUUACAAAUUUAUGGAAGACAGAGGCACACCUAUUAAUAAAAGGCCUGUACUUGGAUACCGAAAUUUGAAUCUCUUUAAGUUAUUUAGACUUGUACACAAACUUGGAGGAUUUGAUAAUAUUGAAAGUGGGGCCAUAUGGAAGCAAGUCUAUCAAGAUCUUGGAAUUCCUGUUUUAAAUUCAGCUGCAGGAUACAAUGUUAAAUGUGCUUAUAAAAAAUAUUUAUAUGGCUUUGAAGAAUAUUGUAGGUCAGCCAACAUUGAAUUUCAGAUGGCAUUGCCAGAGAAGAUGCUUAACAAGCCUUGUAAGGAGUGUGAAAAUGCAAAAGAGACAAAAAACAAGGAAGAACCUGAGUCAGAGAUAAAAGCAGAGGUUAAAGAGGAAGGAGAUACUAUAUUACAAGAAGAGAAGCCUGCUGAAGAUGAGAUUGAAAGAAAAGAAAAUAUCAAACCUUGUCUGGGUAAUAAAAAGAACUUGUCAGAACCUACAAAUAUACAGUCUGAUCAGGAAAACGAAUUUAACAUUAAAAAAACAGAAGAGAAUGAAAACCUAGAAGUUAAAGAAGAUGAGACAAUUAAGGUAGAUGAAAUACUCAACACAAAGGUAGAGGCAGAAGAAGAAAAAGCAAAAUCUGGAGAUGAAACGAAUAAGGAGGAAGAUGAAGAUGAGGAAGAAAGAGAAGAAGAGGAGGAGGAGGAGGAGGAAGAGGAAGAUGACGACGAUGACAACAAUGAGCAAGAGGAGUUUGAAUGCUAUCCACCAGGCAUGAAAGUUCAAGUGCGGUAUGGACGAGGGAAAAAUCAGAAAAUGUAUGAAGCUAGUAUUAAAGAUUCUGAUGUCGAAGGUGGAGAGGUCCUUUACUUGGUGCAUUACUGCGGAUGGAAUGUGAGAUAUGAUGAAUGGAUUAAGGCAGAUAAGAUAGUAAGACCUGCUGAUAAAAAUGUACCCAAAAUAAAACAUCGAAAGAAAAUAAAGAAUAAAAUUGACAAAGAAAAAGAGAAAGAUGAGAAAUAUUCUCCAAAAAACUGUAAGCUUCGCCGCCUAUCAAAACCACCAUUUCCAGCAAAUACACCACCUGAAAUAGCAUCUAAACUGGAUACUGAAACCAAAAAUUCUGAACAAGUUCAAGUUAAAUCUGUAGAAAUUACUUCUAUACUAAAUGGACUUCAAGCUUCUGAAAGUUCUGCUGAAGACAGUGAGCAGGAAGAUGAGGCAAGGACUCAGGACAUAGAUAAUAAUGGCAAGGAAGAGUCUAAGGCUGACACUGUGAGCCAUGACAAAAAUGAGCUUAGUCCAAAAGAGGAACAGAGCAGUUUAUCUGUGCCACAAGAAAACAAAAUCCAAACAGAUUUAUUAAUACCCAAGUCCAUAUCAAAAUCUCCAGAAAGAUUACGAAAAGACUUAGAAGAAAUAUCUGAAGAUACUGAUUAUGAAGAUGAAGUCACAAUAAAAAGAAAGGAAAUCAAGAAGGAGACAACAGAUAAAUCAUUAAAGCCUCAAGUAAAACGGGGUAAGAGAAGGCAUUGCAAUACAGAAGAAUGCUUAAAGCCUGGGUCACCUAGCAGAAAAGAGGAGAAAUCUAAGAGCAAAGAAUCCCUUUGUUUAGAAAACAGUAGCAACAGCUCCUCCGAUGAUGAAGAAGAUAAGUCCAAAGCAAAAGUGACACCAACUAAGAAAUACAAUGGUUUGGAGGACAAAAGGAAAUCUUUAAGGACAACUGGUUUUUAUUCAGGGUUUUCAGAAGUGGCAGAAAAGAGGAUAAAACUGCUAAAUAACUCUGAUGAGAGACUUCAGAACAGCAGAGCUAAAGAUCGGAAAGAUGUCUGGUCAAGUAUUCAAGGACAGUGGCCUAAAAAAACACUUAAGGAACUGUUUUCAGACUCUGACACGGAGGCUGCAGCUUCACCCCCACAUGCUUCCCCUGAAGAUAUGGCCUCAGAGGAGCAGCUACAGACUGUGGCAGAAGAAGAGAGUGGUUCACCUGGUAUUGAGUUAGAGAAACCAUUACCUGUCAAUUUAGAUAUUAAACCUGUGGAGGAAAAAAACAUGGAAGUAAACGAUAAGAAAUCAGAAUUCCCAAGCAGUGGGAGUAAUUCAGUGCUAAAUACCCCUCCAACUACACCUGAAUCGCCUUCAUCUGUAACUGUAACAGAACCCAGUAGGCAGCAGUCAGCUGUGACAGUGUCAGAAACAUUGGCCCCCAAUCAAGAAGAGGUACGCAGUAUCAAGAGUGAAACUGAUAGCACAAUUGAGGUGGAUAGUGUUGCAGGGGAGCUCCAAGACCUCCAGUCUGAAGGAAAUAUCUCUCCAACAGGCUUUGAUGCUAGUGUCAGCUCCAGCAGUAGUAAUCAGCCAGAACUGGAACAUCCUGGAAAAGUCUGUACAGGUCAGAAAAGAGUAAAAGAUGCUCAGGGGGGAGGAAGUUCAUCAAAAAAGCAGAAAAGAAGCCACAAAACAUCAGUGGUAAACAACAAAAAGAAAGGCAAAACCACAAACAGUAGUGAUAGUGAAGAACUUUCUGCUGGUGAAAGUGUGACUAAGAGUCAGCCAGCUAAAUCUGUUUCCACUGGAAUGAAGUCUCAUAAUAGCAAGUCUCCAGCAAGGACACAGUCUCCAGGAAAAUGUAGUGGAAAGAAUGGAGAUAAGGAUUCUGAGCUCAAGGAACAUAGUAAUCGAUUACCCAAAGUUUACAAAUGGAGUUUUCAAAUGUCUGACCUGGAAAAUAUGACAAGUGCAGAACGCAUUGCAAUCCUUCAAGAGAAACUACAGGAAAUCAGGAAACAUUAUCUGUCAUUGAAAUCUGAAGUGGCUUCCAUUGAUCGGAGAAGAAAACGUUUAAAGAAGAAGGAAAGAGAAAGUGCUGCUACAUCUUCAUCUUCUUCGUCCUCCCCUUCAUCCAGCUCUAUCACAGCUGCUGUCAUGUUAACUUUAGCAGAACCUUCCAUGUCCAGUGCAUCACAGCCCGGAAUGUCGGUGGAGUGCAGGUGACAGCAGGACUUCCCAAAGCACUUUGCACUUAAUGGCUGCUGAGGGCCCCUUUUUUAUAUAUACUGCACAGUGGCACACAAAAUCAGACAAGCACUAUUUUAUAUUUAAAAAUUGUUUCUUGACAAGCUGACUUGGCACUUAAGUGCACUUUUUAUGAAGAAAAAGUACAAUGAACUGCUUUUCCUCAAGCAAUAAUUGUUUCCAACUUGUCUGGGAAUUGUAUGUCUGGUAACUUGAAGGCCUUCCACUGUGGCAAAUGGAGGCUUUUCACUGCCUGCUGAGACAAUACAAGAAAGCAUAGUUAUUGGGUGGGCCAGAACAUGUCUAAACAACUUACUGUACAUGUAUUCCCUGGUAUUUUGUUAAAGCUGGAACAUUUGAUAUUUUUCCAUUUAUUUAUGAAAAAUAUGAACCUAUUUUCCUUUGUACAAGCUAAUUGUUUUUUAAAUGCAAGUCACCUUAAAGUGGCUUUAAAUUGUAUAAGUCAAGCACAUGUAAUAAAUUCAAAACCUGCAGGUAACAGGAUAUUAGACAUCAGUCCUGGUAACCAAAUAAGAUUCUCUUUUAAAAAAAGACUGACAAUGUUUACAGGUUUGAAUUAGGUUAAAUGGUUUUGUGAUGGGUUUUCACGGCCCAUUAAUUGGAAUGAAACUACUGUACUUUGCCAUUUUUCUAUGAAUCAGUAUUUUUUUUUAAUUUUGAUAUAAUACAUUGUGUGAAAAAGGAAGAAAAUGGCUAACAAACUAUAUUAAAUCUUAAACAAUGUAUAAAAUUGUACUUAGCCAGUUUAAAGUGUAUAUUUAUUCAUAAUGGAUUAUAACAGUUAUAUUUUUGUGUUUUAUUGUAAAUGUUUCUUUUCCCUUUAAAACAGAUAUUUCAUUUGUAAUGCUUAUUUUAUUAUGAGCUACAACAGAGGAUUUCCAGAACAAGUAAGCUGUGUUCAUGUGUAAUUCAUGGUUGAUGAUAUGAUGAACACUACCACAAAAUGAUAGUUUUAAAUAUAGCUUAUCUGAGUGGUAGGUCUACUAAGACAAAAAAAGCCUUGUACAAAAUCAAAAAUGAACGCAAACUGUUUUCACUCGUAUUUGACUUUUAUGUUGUAUGAUCCCAAGAUCUGUUCUGUUUGGCACUUGUAUAUUUAAUUAUACGCCUUUGUAAGACAUUUGUAUAUUGCGGAAGUGUUCAUUCAAGCUAUUUAAUACCUAGCACUGUUAAUACACAGUACUUUAUUGUACAGACUGCUUUACUGUUUUAAUUGUAGUUCUGUGUACUUUUUUUGGAUGGGGGCUGGCAUGGGUUUUUUUUUUUUUUCUGGCAAUACAACAUGUGGGAAUUUUGAAACGUUUUGUUUGUAGAUGCUAACGUGUCAGAAUCCUUUACAUUCAACUUUUCUAAGAAAAGCAUUUUCAGUCUUUGUAGUGUGUGCUCACAGUUAACCGAUUUUGUUGAAAAUGGUUUCAGAAUAUUCAGAUUUGUACAGGACUGUAAAAAUUUGUUGACAAACAUUGAAGGAAAAGCUUAUAGAAAAAAGCUAUAGAGCAUAUAUUAGGUUAUGCAGACAAUGGAGAAUUAUGUAAUAUAUUGUACAAAUGUAAGCAAAGGCUCUGAAAUAAAAUGCCAUAGUUUGUGAA